AUGGUUUAUGUGGACUACUUGGUCUUGACGGGUAAUGACCUUGCUGAGAUUAAUUCAAUCAAGCAGCUACUUGAUAAAAAAUUCAAAAUUAAAGAUUUGGGGGACUUGAAGUACUUCCUAGGCAUGGAAGUGGCCCGCUCAUCAAAAGGGAUCCAUCUUUGUCAACGCAAGUAUGCCUUAGACAUCCUCAAGGACUUUAGCUUCUUAGAGUGCAAGCUAGCUAGCACUCCAAUGGAUUACACUUCUGCAUCAAAAUUGUCAUGGAAAAGCGGCACUGCAUUAGAAGAUCGAGCCCCAUACAGACAACUGGUUGGCAGGCUCUUGUACUUGACCAACACAAGGCCAGAUUUAGCUUACGCAAUGGGAAGACUUAGUCAGUUCAUUGAUUAUCCCACAGAUGUACACCUGCAAGCUGCUCACAGGGUGCUGCGAUACUUAAAAGGAUGUCCCUCAGUUGGUUUGUUCUUCCUGGCUGACAAUGAUCUUAAACUCAUAAGGUUCUCAGUUGUAGACUGGGCAACAUGUGCAGACUCCAAAAAAUCCAUCACUGGCCAUUGCUUCUACAUUGGAAAGUCACUCAUCAGUUGGAAAAGCAAGAAACAGGACACUGUUGCGAGGUCGUCCUCAGAAGCUGAGUACAGAGCUCUGGCCCUGGCAACAUGUCAAGCUCAAUGGCUAUCUUACAUCAUGAAUGAUUUGGGCAUGCCACUGACAGAGUCCAUCACACUUUUCUGCGACAAUAGAUCAGUCAUCCACAUAGCCACUAAUCCUAUCUUCCAUGAGAGAACUAAGCACAUCGAGGUUGAUUGCCACACUGCUCGGAACCAGCAUCUCUCAGGUCUCACACACCUAAUGCCGGUUUCUUCAUCGAAUCAGUUGGCUGACUUCCUUACCAAGGCUUUAGCCCCUGGUCCCUUCUUAAGCAACAUUUCCAAACUAGGCCUUUUAGAUAGUCACAGUCCUAGUUUGAGGGAGGCUGUAACUUAA